CACAGAUGCGUCUGAUGUGAGAGCUCCUUUGCGCAUGAUCCAUGAAUUCGGAAUCACAAAAUGUCCAUCAGAAUGCCGAGCCAACUCGCCAAUCCACCACCGCUUGUGACCGCGACUGUACAUGGGUGUCAACUGUGAUGCCGUGUACUCAAACCACCUCUCCGCUUGAUACACUUCAGAAAUGGGGCCCGAGGUCUCCUCUGGGUAGAAAUGCAAGUGUGGGGCCACCAGAGGAUUUGCCAGAUCACAAGCGAUGGCAUCGCGAACAUCGUUCAUAUAGAAGACAUUGUUGAACUGCGAAACACAUCGCACAGCGAAGGGAUAUCUGGAGCUCCGAGCUGCUUUGCGAAGUGGAUUAUGAGUGAUAUUUGAAGACUCGUGAAACGACAUCGCGGCAUGUUAUCCAUUAUAUCAAGCAACAUGCUUUAUUUGGAUACGGAUCGUAUUCGGGUGGAGGCCGAGCAUCGAAGUCAAAACAUUGAUCAUCGUCUGAGUCAUCCGCAUCCUCGACAUCCAAACUGAAAUCUUCACCACUGGCUGCCUCAGCGACAAUCUCAUCAUUCGCUUCAAGGAGCAUUUGCUCAAAUUGUUGGGCCAGCAUUGCUCUCCGUUCCGCUGGUGUCCUGGGCUCGUCGUUAUUCAACUCCGAGUCAAGCCCAAAUUCGGUCAUCAGUGCCGCUGAAGUGGAUCGGAGAACAUUCCAAGUUGUAGGAACUUUCGACAGCAGCCAUUUCAGACGCUUGCUGGGCAACGCGUGAUUGGUGGUUGGUCCAGGCCGCGAUAUGGGUGCCAGAUUGUAGAUGACACGGGAGACAUCGAACGCGAGUCUGCUUUGGAGAGUAUUCCAAGUGCAUCUCAAGUUCUGAUCUCCACGGCGGUGCCAUUCUCAGGCUAGAUGAAUGUUACAAACGGACAGUGGCUGGCCUGGAGCGUUUUUGUUUGUUGACGGAUCAAGUCUAAGUGGAACUUGAUUUCUCUUCUGUUCGUCCAUGGCUGAAGAAUCGCUGAUUCAACGGGCCGCUCGUCGCGCAGCUGCACAGGCAGCAUCACUACAGUCCAGCAGAGCUUCAACCCCUGCAGCGAACCCAAGCUCUCCGAUCCGUGGCUCUACUCCGUUGUCGUUGUUUGAACGCCGGGACAACACACCCGAUUUCCCUCCCCUUAGUCAACCACGAUUUCCAGGGUCUGUGAGAACCUUCGGGGAACGUUUUGCCAGGGACAGUAAUCUCUCGGUGGAGGGCGAAGCUCUGAUCCACAGCUCUACUCCGUUUUCGUUGUCUGAACGCCAGGACAACACACCCGAGUUCCCUCCCCUUGGUCAACCACGAUUUGCAGGAUCUGUGAGAACCUUUGGAGAACGUCUGGCCAAGGAUGGUAACCUCUCUGUGGAGGGCGAAGCUGAGUUUCGACGUUACUACGAGACACUGAAUAAGGACGAGCGUGACACGUUCGGUGCCUUCCUUGUCGUCCAGACUAAAGACCUUCUUCGUAAAUUGACUGAUAAUGUCGCAAGCAGCCCCAAGGACGUUGAAUAUAGCCCUGCUGAUUCCUUGGUGAAGAUCUCACGGAAAUAUGUGUGGGCCAUCCUCUGUCUUCCGAACCUGGCCUACUACACUGGGACAAUUGAAGCUGCCGUUAUUUCGACAUUGAAUAUCAUGAAGAAUAAGCAUGUGCCGGACUUGGAUGCACCGGAUUACAACAACUUUCUGUCGUGGCUUGGUCGCCAGAUCUCUCUUUACCGCUCGAUCAUGAAAACACAUGUUUCGGACUCUCUCAAGACUCGGAAUAAGGACAAGAAGAACAUUGCAUUUGUUUGCGCGCAGAUCCUUGAUCAUGUCGACUCCUCUGUGAACCCGAAUCGAGCAUUCUACAUGCGGGUUGCGUAUAUGAGGUACCACCUCAAGAAAGGCCAUCCUGUGAAGGCCUAUUGGGACAAGGUUGACGAAGAGAUGGAGCAGUUGCGUAACGCUGGACCAACACAUCUCAUUCUGGGACUGGAAGAGGUUUAUAACGACGACAUUGCAACAUAUGGAAAUCCGGCCGACACCGAUUACACAAUCGGAGAAUCAGCUCUCCCGAAGGAUAGCCCGAAGUGGCUCUCGGCACUUUCAGCUCAAGCCGCAAAAGUUCAACGCUUCAGCCGAAAGCAAGGGAAGAAGCGUAGCCGGCAGCAGAGAGACGAGGAUGAGGAUGAGGACGAAGUUAUUGUUGAGGAUGAUCUCCCGCGCCCUAGUCCUUCGUUGCGGGCUGUGUCUCGCUCCGGAAGCUUAGCACCUGUCGGCGCAGAUGCUGAGUUGGCAAAUUGAUCAGGAUAGUUCUACUGAUAGUAAAAGCCUUCUUCAAUGAGAUUAAGUAUCUUGAGCAUCAUAAGAAUGGAUGAGCGACAAAUUCC